UCAGAAAUUUUUUGGGCGAAAAAAUGGCCUUAUCGAUACUUGUCCUUUGAUUGGUCGAUUUGCUGACCUAUCCAAUGUUAGCCUACUUUAAUGGUCAGUAAUAUUAUUUUGAUCAAGUUUUCAACGAAAAUGUUUCAAAAACAUGACAACGUUUUACAAAGAAGCUUUUUUUAACUUCAAACUAAUGUAGAUUUAGAAUAUAUUAAAAUGCCAAAACUAAAGAUGGGCAAAGUGGUUCCGGUCCCAAUUUUUUUUGACCGGGGCCGGGAUUGGGACUAAAUUUGUUUUUGGCCGGAAUUAAACUAAAACAAUUGGUCCUAUUCACAUCUAAUUGAGCAUCUGAGAAGGAGAACAUUAGUGACUAAAUCAGUUGCAGUAUAGCAGCAAGAUGUUUCAAACUUAUAGACAGUGAUAGAGAAUAAUUUGAAGCUCUAUACUGACAAAACUUCUGCUAGCCUCAGUACCGGUACUGAAUUCUUUUUUAACCGGGAUCGGGAUCUGGUCCGAAAAACACUGGCUCCACUCAUGUCUAGCCAACAAAAAGUUGAAAAGGGAAAGAAAUCCGAGCGCAUUUUGCAACAUACAAGAUCGAUAGCUUAUAGGAAAUCAUAAGACCACCGUUUUUCAAUAUGUCAAGCAUGCAAUAUUGAAUUUUUCCGGGCAACGCCGGGUACUUCAGCUAGUAAUCAAUAAAUUCAGAUAGUACUUUAGUAAUCAAAAAAAUAAUAACUAGAAACACUAAAUUAAUGAAUAGUUUUUUUUUUAAUGAUAAAAUAUUUACUCAAAGGAAUCUAAAUUAAUUUGUAUCAGUGAAUACGAAAUUAAUGUAGGUUCAUCUGGUUGCGGAAAAUCAACAAUUAUUCAACUUCUAGAACGAUUCUAUAAUGUAACGGAAGGAGAAAUUUUAUUUGAUGAUAUGAAUAUAAAUGAGAUUAAUAUUAAUUCUCUUCGUUCUCACAUUGGUCUUGUAAGCCAACAACCAAUUUUAUUUAGUAUGACAAUAGCUGAAAAUAUUCAAUAUGGAUUACAGAAUUUUACAUUUGAUGAAAUUAUCAAUGCUGCAAAGAAAGCAAACAUACAUAAUUUUAUUCAGCAAUUACCACAAGGUUAUGAAACAUAUAUUGGUAUAAAAGGGAAUCAAUUAUCAGGAGGUGAAAAACAACGUAUUGCAAUUGCUCGUGCAAUGAUUCGAAAUCCCAAUUUGUUAAUAUUUGAUGAAGUAACAAGUGAUUUAGACUCAUAUAAUGAACAAAUUAUACAACAAACAAUUGAAAAUAUUCAAAAAGAAAAUCCUCUACAAACAACAAUUACAAUAGCUCAUCGAAUUUCUACCAUUCGUUCAUGUCAUCAAAUUUAUGUUAUUGAUAAAGGACGUAUUAUCGAAAAUGGGUCUCACGAAGAAUUGAUUCAACGAAAUUCACAUUAUUACCAAAUGAUUCUUUUAAAUAAAUUACAAUGA